AUGGCAGAUGAAUUUAUGUCCGUCAGCAAGUUCUUCAGCAAUGGUUUCGCUCUAGUAAUUGAUCUUAGGUCAACACAGGAUGAUACCACCGGUGGAGGAAGGAGAAUUGUUAACACACAGUCAGGCGUACUCAUGGAAAUCAAAAAGAGAGCCACAACAGCUGACGUUCAAUGUAAUAUUUUUAUUGUAUCAGAUGCCCUCCUUAACUUUGCUAAUAGAGAUUUAUCAAGUAUCCAAUACUAA